GCAGGACUUCAGUAAGAUGAAGUGAGGAGGAACUACAUUUGUUGUAGAGAAACACUUUGUUACAUUUGGAGAGUUUUUUUUGUUUUCAGUUGGCUGGAGCAGAAGAAAUGAUGUGCAGCCCAGCCAUGCGCCCCCUCUGCGUUCUGUUCCUUGUGGUGUACGUCUCACCGUCCCCUGCCCUCUCCGUCGUCCUGCCCUUCCAGCAGAAAGGCCUCCCAGAGCUGGGGAAGACCGUGGACGUCGAGAAGCUGAUGAUGACGAUGAUGAACGACGGAGAAGAGGGAUCAGGCUUUCAGGAACUGAUCAAGGUUGACCAGCCGUUGUGUCCGUUUGAGUGUCAGUGCAGCCUGAAGGUCGUGCAGUGCUCUGACCGGGGUUUACACUUUGUGCCCUUCGAUCUCCCUCCUGACACCCGACUGCUGGACCUGCAGGGAAACCAGAUCACAGAGAUCAGAGAGGACGACUUCAAGGGACUGAACAACCUCUACGCUCUGGUGUUGGUGAACAAUCGGAUCUCCAAGAUCCACCCACGUGCCUUCCUGCCCCUUCAGCAGAUGCAUAAGCUCUAUUUGUCGCACAACCUGCUGACCGCUGUCCCCAAGAGACUGCCCGCAUCUCUGCAGGAGCUGCGUAUCCAUGACAACCGCAUCAAGAAAGUAGCAUCGGGGACAUUCUCUGGGCUUUACAACAUGAACUGUAUCGAGUUAGGUCGUAAUCCCAUCAAGAACAGCGGUUUGGAGGCCGGAGCAUUCGAUGGACUGAGGCUGACUUUCCUGCGUAUUUCUGAGGCCAAACUCACAAGCGUCCCCAAAGGCCUACCUUUUAAUCUCAGAGAAUUACAUCUGGAUCAAAACCUGAUUCAGGCCAUCAAUGUCGAGGACCUGAUGGAAUAUGGAGAGUUGUACAGGCUGGGCCUUGGCUACAACAGCAUCCGCAGCAUUGAGCAAGGCAGCCUGUACUACGUUCAGAAUCUCAGAGAACUUCACUUGAAUAAUAACCUGCUGUCUCGUGUGCCUGAUGGACUGCCGGAGAUGAAACACCUGCAGGUGGUCUACCUGCACUCGAACAACAUCAGCUCUGUGGAUGUGAACGACUUCUGUCCUAAAGGCUUCAGCAUGAAGAAGACUUUAUAUAACGGCAUCAGUCUGUUCAAUAACCCGCUCAAGUACUGGGAGGUUCAGCCUGCAACCUUCCACUGUGUCAGCAGCAGCAGGGCCGUUCACUUUGGCAACAAUAUGUAAUGCUGUCCUUUUCAUUUAACCUUUAAAUAUGCAACAUUUUUUAAAAAUAGAUUUAAGUUAAUUAUAUUGCUCUGUAAAUGUAAUGCACAACAAUCAGAGAUAGUAUUACAUUUUUGAAGGGAAGUUGUAGGUGCUUAAUGUUUCAUACAGGAUGGGCGUCAGCGUGGCCCUUAUUUUGAGAAGUUUUCAAUUUAAUAUAAUUUUAAGCUUGCGAAGGACCAAUGCAUCAGAUUAAUGUUCCAGAUGUUGUGGGAACUUAAAGGCAGAAUGGUACAAACCCAAUGAAAGAGGGAAAAUAGAGCCCUCUGGUGGUGUAGUCCAGCCAUGGCAACAAUUGUGAAACAUAUUCCUCUCUCUUAAGAAGAUGCAUUCUAUUUGAAAAGACAAAAAAAGCUGUACCUUGUUCUUUGGUGCUGCACAGGUUCUUUUAUUCUAACAGGUCUGUUCCUCCCUUGAAACUCGACCCUUUCUUUUAUACUGUAACAUGU